UCACUUAAGGCUUACAUGGUAUGGCUGCCGACAUUAGCUAGCGCUUGCUCUACUCUAACAGGGAAGCAGUGGACUACAAGACACUGAACUGUAUCUGCCUCUAUUUCCAACAGACUCAGGGUCAACUUCCGCUCACAAGAAGAAGCCGGGGAAAUUCUAUUAGUCCUUUUCUUUAAAAAAAAAGUUAAUAUAAAAUUAUAGCAAAAAAAGGAACCUGAACUUUAAUAACACAGCUGGAACAAUCCACGGCGGCGGUGGCAGUGGCAGGAGAAGAGGUUUAAUUUAGUUGAUUUUUUAUGGUUGUUGGUUGUUGGCUAGUCUCACAGUGAUGGAAGCUGCACAUUUUUUUGAAGGGACAGAAAAGCUGCUGGAGGUUUGGUUCUCCCAGCAGCAACCUGACACAAACCAAGGAUCUGGGGAUCUUCGCACUGUUCCAAGAUCUGAGUGGGACAUACUUUUGAAGGAUGUGCAAUGUUCAAUCAUAAGUGUGACAAAAACUGACAAGCAGGAAGCUUAUGUACUCGGUGAGAGUAGCAUGUUUGUCUCCAAGAGACGUUUCAUUUUGAAGACAUGUGGUACCACCCUCUUGCUGAAAGCACUGGUUCCCCUGUUGAAGCUUGCUAGGGAUUACAGUAGGUUUGACUCAAUUCAAAACUUCUUUUAUUCUCAUAAGAAUUUCAUGAAGCUUUCUCACCAAGGGUACCCACACUGAAAUUUCUAGGAAGAAAUAGAAUUUCUAAAUGCAGUUUUCCCAAAUGGAGCAGCAUAUUGUAUGGGACGUAUGAAUUCAGACUGUUGGUGCUUACAUACUCCGCAUUUCCCAGAGAGUCGAGUAAUCAUUCAGCCAGAUCAAACCCUGGAAAUGCUGAUCAGUGAGCUUUACCCAGCAGUUAUGGACCAGUUCUACAUGAAAGAUGGUGUUACUGCAAAGGGUGUCACUCGUGAGAGUGGAAUUCGUGACCUGAUACCAGGUUCUGUCAUUGAUGCCACAUUGUUCAAUCCUUGUGAGUAUUCAGUGAAUGGAAUGAAAUUGGAUGGAACUUACUGGACUAUUCACAUCACUCCAGAACCAGAAUUUUCUUAUGUUAGCUUUGAAACAAACUUAAGUCAGACCUCCUAUGAUGACCUUAUGGGGAAAGUUGUGGAAGUCUUUAAGCCAGGAAAAUGUGUGACCACCUUAUUUGUUAAUGAGAGUUCCAAGAGUCGCACUGUGCUUUCUUCGCCCCAGAAGAUUGAAGGCUUUAAACGUCUUGAUUGUCAGAGUGCUAUGUUCGAUGAUUACAAUUUUGUUUUUACCAGUUUUGCUAAGAAGCAGCAACAACAAUUUUAG